UCUGCAAAAUGGCGGCUUCCUGUUUUGGACAAAUGUUUUCAUUUUACAAAAUCUUUUUACAACAGGCAAGAAACUGUUCAACUCGCCAAAGGACUGGUUUACCACCAUAUGUGAAAAUUGUUGAAGUUGGACCAAGAGAUGGACUUCAGAAUGAAGUGAAAUUUGUACCUACAGAGACGAAAGUUGAAUUUAUCAAUAAAUUAUCCGAAGCACAGUUACCUGUAAUUGAAGUUACCAGCUUUGUAUCUCCAAAAUGGAUUCCACAGAUGGCUGACAAUUCUGUAGUACUGGAGUCAAUCAAGAGGCAGAGAGGAAUAGUAUACUCAGCUUUAACUCCAAAUCUGAAAGGAUUCAAAGAAGCAGUUUCAAGUGGUGUCAAUGCAGUUGCAAUAUUUGGAGCAGCAUCAGAGACAUUUAGCAAAAAAAAUAUUAAUUGUAGUAUAUCUGAGAGCUUACAGAGAUUUGAAGAACUCAUGAAAGCAGCCAAAGAAAUUCAAAUGCCAGUAAGAGGAUAUAUCUCUUGCGUUCUUGGAUGUCCAUAUGAGAGAACCAUCCCCCCAGAAAAAGUUGCAGAGGUAGCUAAACAGAUGUUUGAAAUGGGUUGCUAUGAGAUAUCAUUAGGUGACACAAUCGGUGUAGGAAAUCCAGGAGCCAUGAAACAUUUAAUUAGCAAAGUAACAGAAUGUGUUCCUAUUGAACGAUUGGCGGUCCACUGCCAUGACACAUAUGGACAAGCACUGGCAAACAUACUAGCAGCAAUACAGAUGGGUGUGGCAGUCAUAGACAGCUCAACAGCAGGUUUAGGUGGUUGUCCCUAUGCUAAGGGAGCCAGCGGAAAUGUGGCCACAGAAGAUGUUUUGUAUAUGCUAGAUGGACUUGGAAUAAAAACCGGUGUAGAUUUGCAGAAAACUGUGGAAGCUGGAUGCUUUAUUUCAAAAGUGCUAGGACGCAGUACUCAGUCUAAAGUUGGACAAGCAAUGAAGUCAUCUUUAUAAAAAGAGUAAUAACAUUUGAUAAUUUUCUUUGAGACUUUGUUCAGUUACACUUAGGGGAUUCAUCAUCUGACUUGCUACUUACAUGUAAAGAAGAAUAUAAUGCAACAUAAAGUCAAAGAAUUAUUUUCAACAGAGUAUCGUGUCCUUAAUUCUUCCAGUUAGUGUAAAUGUAUAACUAGGAAAUCACAUUUUUUCGUGAGGUCAAAUUUUCGAGGUUUGAGAAAAAAAAGUAUUGGUUGGGGGUGAUUUGAUUUCGUGGUUUCGGAAGUGUUGAGUAGUUAUGUAUAUGAAAUUUUACAUAUCGUGAAAGACAUGAAUUCGUGGUUCUUUCCACGCCUCAAAAACAACGAAAAUUAAACCCCCACGAAAAAAAGUGAUUUUACGGUAUAUCUUCAGCGUGUACAAUAUUUGAUGAUAAUUUAUUUUCGAGCAAGUUAGCUUAAAUCAAUUUUGUGCAUUUCUGGAUUAUCAAUAAAUAAAUGAUAUAUAAAGACA